AUGCACAGUCCGAGUCAGUCAGGACGACUCGCAAAAUGGGCAAUCGAACUAAGCGAGUACGAUGUGGAGUACCGCCCAAGAACCUACACAAAAUCUCAAGUACUAGCAGACUUCUUGGUAGAAUUUCCCACGGGAGAUAUGACAAACACGGAACCGGACUCAACUUGGAUCCUUCACGUCGACGGAUCAUCGUCCAAACAAGGAUCCGGGAUCGGAAUCCGGCUCACUUCUCCGACCGGCGAAGGCUUGGAACAAUCGUUCCGAUUGGAAUUCCAUGCGUCGAACAACGAGGCCGAAUAUGAAGCACUCAUCGCAGGAUUACGAUUAGCCCAUGGGCUUAAGAUCCGCAACAUUCACGCUUACUGUGACUCUCAGUUAGUCGCAAAUCAGUACAGCGGAGAAUACGAAGCGAGGGAAGAAAGAAUGGAUGCAUAUCUAAAACUCAUCCAAGACCUCUCCCGAGACUUCAACCACUUCGCCCUCACUAGGAUUCCUUGCUCGGAAAACACUCAGGCGGAUGCCUUGGCCGCACUCGCAUCAAGUUCGGAUUCUGGACUAAGACGAGUAAUCCCCGUCGAGUUCAUCGAACACCCAAGCAUCGGACCACCAGUGGUCAACAAUCUGAUUCGAGCACAAAUCGAAAAUGCGGAGGAAGUCGAAGACCCACCAGAAGAAAACGUGGAUCAGUCGGAAUACGGCUGCGACAGCCCAUGGAUAGAGCCAAUCCGAUCAUACAUAAUCAACGGAACGCUUCCCACUGAGAAAUGGGCGGCCCGCAAAAUCAAGACCCAGGCCGCGCGAUAUGUAACGGUUGAAGGAGAAUCCUACAAAUGGAGAUUCUCCGGCCCACUCAUGACCUGCGCCGAAGGCGAAAAAGUAAGAAGAGUAAUGGAGGAGGUUCAUUCCGGAUCAUGUGGGAACCACUCCGGCGGAAGAUCUCUCGCCGUAAAAAUAAAACGCCAUGGCAUGCGCCGACAAUCCAUCAACCCGCGGAAGUCCUCUCGUCCAUCUCGUCUCCGUAUCCCUUCAUGCGAUGGUCCAUGGAUAUCGUGGAUAGAGGCAGAUUCCUACGCAAGUAUCAAAGACGUACAAGUCGAGAACUUCGUAUGGAAGAACAUCAUCACCAGACACGGGGUCCCUUACGAAAUCGUGACAGACAACGGAUCUCAGUUCAUCUCUACCCGAUUCGAAGCAUUCUGCGAGAAGUGGAAGAUACGACUGACCAAGUCGACUCCCAGAUAUCUGCAGUGCAAUGGCCAGGCAGAGACCAUCAACAAAACCGUCCUCGACGGGUUAAAAAAGCGCUUAGAAGCCAAAAAGGGGCGAUGGGCAGAAGAGCUCGAAGGAGUUCUUUGGUCGCAUCGUACGACCCCGAGACGGGCUACGGGUGAAACUCCAUUCGCCCUCGUUUACGGAACGGAAUGUAUGAUGCCCGCGGAAAUUGAAUUUCCCGGAGUACGGAGAAGAUUCCUCCCCGAACGAGAAGAUCUUAACAGCGCAAUGCUGCUAGACGAACUCGAUCUUAUUAACGAGCGGCGAGAUCAAGCUCUCAUAUGGAUCCAAAAUUACCAGCACGCCGGCGCAAAAUACUACAACUCAAACGUUCGCCAUCGAAGGUUCAAAGAAGGCGACCUGGUCCUUCGCAAAGUCUUCCAAAACACUGCCGAACGUAACGCAGGAAAACUGGGAGCAAACUGGGAAGGCCCAUCAUAA